AUGACUCUGCUCAGAUACCCGGUCCAGCUGCAGCUGUUGCUCAGUACUGUGCUCGGCUCUUGUUUGGGUUUGGAAUUCUCGGGAGUGCGAGGGCAGUGGGCCCGCUUUCUCCGCUGGGAUGCCAGCACCAGAAGUGACCUCAGCUUCCGGGUCAAAACGGAUGCAUCCACUGCGAUGGUCUUGUACUUUGACGAUGGUGGCUACUGUGACUUCCUGCAGCUGAUGGUGGUGGAGGGUAAGCUGCAGCUGCGGUUCAGCAUCGACUGCGCUGAGACCACGCUGGUUUCAGGUAAACGGGUCAACGACAGUAGUUGGCACUUGGUCACCGUGAACAGGUCCAAUCUGAGGACGGUGCUGGGUGUGGAUGGAGACAGCAAGGCCGACGAGGUGCGACCUCAGAGGCAGUACAUGAAGAUCGUUAGUGACCUCUUUCUGGGCGGAGUCCCCCAGGACAUUCGCACCUCGGCCCUGACCUUACCCACCGCCAAGGACCUGCCGCCUUUUAAAGGAGUUAUCAGGGACCUGAAAUACGGCAACAAGGAGCCUACACUACUUAGCAGCCAGAAGGUCCGAAUGGACAUGGAGGGUGUCUGCACUGAGAAUCCGUGUGAGAACGGUGGGAUUUGUGCCCUUGUGGAUGGGGAACCACAGUGCGAUUGUUCCAAGACGGAGUACAUUGGCCAAUUCUGCAGCGAAGGUAAAUUUGCUGUCUUUAUUUCCAAGAGUAUAAAGUAUUUGGUGAGAUUUGGUCCACAGCCUGUGUGCCUUGGUGUGACUCUCGAUCGUAGCCUUACCUUUGGUCCCCACCUGAAAUAUGCUGCUCCGGUGUGGGUGCAUGGUCACCACACCCCAGCCAUCGACACCAUGAUCAAUGACGCCUUGAGGGUUAUCUCUGGAUGUAUGGCUCCCACUCCCUCUACUAUGCUGCCUGUUGUUGCAGGCAUCCUGCCUGCAAGCAUCCAAAGGGACCACCUGAUUCUCAAACUCAUGGAGAAAUCUUGUAUCCUGGUCAGCCUGGUGCCAAACAUCAGUGAAGUUAAUACUCAACCACGCCUUAACUCCAAGCACUUUGCUGUAUGUGACACAGAACUUGAGAACAGCACCCCCCUCACACCCAAUUGGGUCAUAGAUCAGUGGUGCAAGGAAUGGGAGGGUGCUAAUUCCACCUUGCACAAUUACACCCCUGAGCCCUCCACUAAACCUGCUGGGCACUCCCUCCCACACCCUGCCUGGGUCAGGCUGAACCGUCUUCGCACCAGUUGGAGGAAAACUCAGGCCUUCCUCCACAGCAUUGGCGCGGCAGCUUCUGAGAACUGCUCCUGUGGCAACCCCCAAACUGUGAGCCAUCUACUCAAACCCUGUCCUGCCUUUGGUGCCUCCAAUGGAAUCCUGGGGCUAAAGACUCUUGAUGGCUUGGCACACAUGAUGAUGGCUGAACAAGGAAAAAAUAAAUCCCGUGAGGAGAAUGUAGCUACCUUUCGAGGCUCGGAAUACUUCUGCUACGACCUCUCACAGAACCCCAUCCAGAGCAGCAGUGAUGAGAUCACACUCUCCUUCAAGACCUGGCAGCGCAAUGGGCUUAUUCUGCACACGGGCAAAUCAGCUGACUACGUUAAUCUGGCGCUGAAGGAUGGCGCGGUGUCCCUGGUCAUAAAUCUCGGUUCUGGGGCCUUUGAAGCUAUUGUAGAGCCGGUCAAUGGCAAAUUCAACGAUAAUGCCUGGCAUGAUGUCAAAGUUACACGCAAUCUCAGACAGCAUUCAGGCAUUGGACACGCUAUGGUAAACAAACUACAUUGUCUGGUCACCAUCUCUGUGGAUGGCAUCCUCACUACCACCGGCUACACGCAGGAAGACUACACUAUGCUAGGCUCUGAUGAUUUCUUCUAUGUCGGAGGAAGCCCGAGCACUGCUGACUUACCUGGUUCACCUGUCAGCAACAACUUCAUGGGCUGCCUCAAAGAGGUCGUGUACAAGAACAACGACAUCCGGUUGGAGCUUUCUCGGUUGGCGCGCAUCGUAGACCCUAAGAUGAAGAUCCAGGGAGAUGUUGUGUUUAAGUGUGAGAACGUAGCCACACUGGACCCCAUCUCGUUCGAGACACCUGAGGCCUACAUCAGCCUUCCAAAGUGGAACACCAAACGCAUGGGCUCCAUCUCCUUCGACUUCCGCACCUCGGAGCCCAACGGCCUGAUCCUGUUCACGCAUGGCAAGCCGCAGGACAGGAAGGCGGCAGGGAGUCAGAAGAACACCAAGGUGGACUUUUUUGCGGUGGAGCUGCUGGAUGGCAGUCUGUACCUGCUGCUGGACAUGGGCUCGGGUACCAUCAAGGUGAAAGCCACGCAGAAUAAAGUGAAUGAUGGGUCCUGGCACCACGUGGACAUCCAGAGAGAUGGAAGAUCAGGUACUAUAUCCGUAAACAGCCGCCGUACCCCAUUCACGGCCAGUGGAGAGAGCGAGAUCCUGGACCUGGAGGGCGAUAUGUACCUUGGUGGACUUCCUGAGAAUCGUGCUGGCCUCAUUCUGCCCACCGAGCUCUGGACCGCCAUGCUAAACUACGGCUACGUGGGUUGCAUCAGGGACCUAUUCAUUGACGGACGCAGUAAAGACAUCAGGCAGAUAGCUGGAGAGCAGAACGGAGCGGGAAUCAAACCAUCCUGCAACAAAGUGCCAGGGAAGCAGUGCGAGAGCUACCCAUGCAAGAACAAAGGGGUGUGCAAAGAGGGCUGGAACCGCUUCAUCUGUGACUGCACUGGCACUGGAUACUGGUCGCGUACCUGCGAGAGGGAGGCCUCGAUCCUGAGCUACGAUGGCAGCAUGUACAUGAAGGUGGUGAUGCCCACAGUGAUGCACACCGAGGCCGAGGACGUGUCCCUGCGCUUCAUGUCUCAGAGAGCAUACGGCCUGCUCAUGGCCACCACGUCGCGCGACUCAGCCGACACCCUACGCCUGGAGCUGGAUGGCAGCCGUGUCAAACUUACCGUCAACUUAGACUGUAUCAGGAUUAACUGUAACUCCAGCAAGGGACCAGAGACACUGUAUGCUGGACAAAAACUCAAUGACAAUGAGUGGCAUACGGUGCGGGUGAUCCGGCGCGGUAAAACCUACAAGCUCACAGUUGACGAUGACGUAGCUGAAGGUCAGAUGGUGGGAGACCAUACUCGCCUGGAGUUCCACAACAUUGAGACAGGUGUGAUGACCGAGCGCCGUUUUGUCUCGCACAUCCCGUCCAGCUUCAUCGGCCACUUGCAGAGCCUCAGGUUCAAUGGCCUGCUUUACAUCGACCUGUGCAAGAACGGCGACAUUGACUACUGUGAGCUGAACGCACGCUUCGGCAUGCGCUCCAUCAUUGCCGACCCGGUGACCUUCAAAGCCAAGAGCAGCUACUUGAGCCUGGCUACUCUGCAGGCCUACACCUCCAUGCACCUGUUCUUCCAGUUCAAGACCACUUCAGCAGACGGCAUCAUCCUGUUCAACAGCGGCGACGGGAGCGACUUUAUCGCCGUGGAGCUGGUGAAAGGGUACAUCCAUUACGUGUUUGACCUCGGGAAUGGCCCGAACCUCAUUAAAGGCAACAGUGACCGAGCUCUGCAUGACAACCAGUGGCACCAUGUGGUCAUCACCAGAGACAACAGCAACCUGCAUACCCUCAAAGUCGAUGCCAAGGUUGUCAGUCAAGUGGUUAAUGGUGCCAAGAACCUGGACCUAAAAGGUGAUCUUUUCAUUGCUGGUUUGGGGCCCAACAUGUACAACAGCCUGCCCAAACUGGUAGCCUCAAGGGAAGGCUUUAAAGGUUGCCUGGCGUCAGUGGACCUGAACGGUCGUCUGCCGGACCUGAUAAACGACGCUCUGUUCCGCAGCGGGCAGAUAGAGCGUGGAUGCGAAGGUCCUAGCACCACGUGUCAGGAGGACUCCUGCGCCAACAUGGGCGUCUGCAUCCAGCAGUGGGAGAACUACACCUGCGACUGCUCCAUGACCUCCUUCACGGGCAUGCACUGCAACGACCCUGGAACCACAUUCAUCUUUGGGAAAGGUGGAGGUCUCAUCACCUACAACUGGCCAGCUAACGAGCGGCCAAGCACACGUAUGGACCGUCUGACGGUGGGCUUCAGCACCUCUCUGAAGGAUGGAAUUCUGGUGCGCAUCGACAGUGCUCCAGGCCUUGGAGACUACAUCAUGCUCCACAUUGAGCAAGGCAAAAUUGGCGUCACGUUCAACAUUGGGAUGGUCGAUAUCGUUGUGCAGGAGAGCAGCAUGCCAGUGAACGACGGGAAGUACCACGUGGUGCGUUUCACGAGAAACGGGGGCAAUGCCACACUUCAGGUGGACAACUGGGCCAUCAACGAGCACUUCCCCUCAGGCAACAACGAUAAUGAGCGAUUGCAAAUGGCAAGUAAGAAAAUCCCGUUCAAAUAUACCCGGCCUAUAGAGGACUGGCUGCAAGAGAAAGGGCGCCAGUUAACGAUCUUCAACACGCAGGCCACCAUCACGAUCGGUGGCGCGGACCGCAGGAGGCCGUUUCAGGGCCAGCUCUCGGGCCUCUACUACAACGGGCUCAAGGUGCUCAACAUGGCUGCUCAGGCCAACCCCAACAUCCGGAUCAACGGCAGCGUGCGGCUGGUGGGCGACGUUCCCGCUGCCGGAUCAGCUCGCACCACGGCCAUGCCCCCGGAGAUGUCCACCACCUACAUGGAUACCACCACCACCAUGUCCACCACCACCACGAGAAAACACCGCUCGCCACCUACAAUAUCGCCCGUGUCGUCCAGCACAGAUGAUAUUGUAACGUCAGCCGAGUGCUCCAACGACGACGAGGACCUGGAGGAGUGCAACUUCGAGCACGCAGGUGGGCUAGCGAUCCCCACGGAGCCGGGAGUCAGGCGCGUUCCCGGGGCCUCCGAGGUCGUCCGGGAAUCUAGCAGCACCACCGGAAUGGUCGUCGGGAUAGUUGCUGCUGCCGCUUUGUGCAUCCUCAUCCUCCUGUACGCCAUGUAUAAGUACAGAAACAGGGACGAGGGGUCGUACCAAGUGGACGAGAGCCGCAAUUACAUAACCAACUCAGCGCAGAGCAAUGGCGCGGUCAUGAAGGACAAGCAGCACGGCUCGAAAGGCAGCAACAAGAAACAGAAAAACAAGGACAAGGAAUAUUACGUGUGAGACUGCGCGACGGUGAAGCGGGUGACGCUGAGGCGCAUCAGGAGCCGCGCUCACAGAAAGAGAGAGAGAGAAAGAGAGAGAUUUUCAAUUUGGCACUGUGCUGAGGCACUGAGCUCUCACACCAACUGUAAUAUAAAGCACACUAUUGUGUAAGCAUACCACGAUGGUAAAUAGCGACAUUAGUGAACUUUAUUCUUCGAUCCGGUCAACGGCGUUAUCAGUGUAGAAUAUUUCACCGCUACAUCAUUAUCCUAAAAAAAGUGACUUUUAAAAAGGUAUGUGAUCCUUGGCAUUUUUUUUUUUAAUCCUGUAAAAAAAAAAAAAAAAGGAAAAAAAAAGAAAAAAGUGAGAGAGCGAGGAGAUUAUUCCGGCCAUUGCAAGCAUGUGAGUGACACAUAGUAUUAUGUGUUAUAAGAGAUGGACAAAAAAUAUAUAUAGAUACAUAAAUAU